AUGUUCAGAGGCAACUUUGAUUAUCCAUAUUAUAUUCAUGUUCUUGAAAACUAUCUUCUUCCUGCUGCUAGACGACCAAUAUUCUCUGUUCGUGAUCGUUGGUAUCGUAUUUUAGGUGUUAUUGGUCAAGGUGCUCAAGCUACUGUAUAUCGAUGUGAAGAUCAAAGUGCUACUCAAUAUGCUGUUAAAGUUUUUUAUUUUUCACGUGUUCAUCGUUCUGAAAGAGCACGUCGUAUUAAAAGUUUUAUUAAAGAAGCACGCAUUUUAAAAGAUUUGAGUAGACGUUCACAUCAUUUUAUUCAUUUGCUUGAUUAUGAAUAUAAACGUGAAGGAAAUAUCGGUUAUAUGAUCAUGGAAUUAGGUGAAAGUAGUUUACGACAACAACUAACAGGACUACCAUUAAAAGAUCCAAUUCGACAAGUGUAUUGGAAACAGAUUGUUGCCAUUUUGACAGCUCUUCAAGAUGCGAAUGUUGUACAUGCUGAUAUUAAACCUGAAAAUUUAAUUCUAGUAAAUAAUGUACUCAAAUUAACUGAUCUAGGUGUUUCCUUUCGAAUUAAUGCACCAAUACAGACGAUUCAACGAAGUAGAAUUAUUGGUACUAUUGAUUAUAUGGCACCUGAAGUAUUUUCUCAUACUAUCGGUUUCAAAUCGGAUGUAUGGUCAGCAGGGAUUAUUCUAUAUGAAAUGACCUAUGGUCGUCCUCCUUUCUUUGGUAUUCAGGAUCGAAAUCUAAAAGUGGCUAUUAUUGCAUCAAGAGAACCUAUACGAUUUCCUCGACGUAGAAAUCGUUAUUUAAUCGAUUGUAUACAACAAUGUCUUCAACCUAUUGCAGAAUUUAGACCAAGUGCAGAUCAAUUAGCAAUGCAUCCUUAUACAGGAAUGUAG